GCGACGGAGAAGAAUAUCUUUCGAAAAGUACUCGGAAAUGACGUCAAUUGAGUACGGUGGUGGACCAAGCUUAGAACAAAGAAGAAAGUUCUGUAAUUUGCCAGAAGGGGCGCAAAUUCCAGGGUAUAUGGGAUUUUGUCCCCAGCUGAAAUACCGAUCCGGUCACACGUACGGAAGAGAAACAGCCGACAUCGCACAAGAGCUGCCGUAUUACAAUGGACCGCAGAUUCAGAAACCACAUCACCUCUACCCUGUUGUUGGAGACUACAAGGAUGCUACUGCACGGUCGGCAUUCAGGGAUGAAGUACCGGGCAAGAUGUUGCCUCAACCGACUGGUGACAAUAAAUAUAUUGCCGGCAUGAUUCCUGGAUAUUCGGGUGACGUACCCCACAUGCCAUUCAAAUUCGGUGCUACUUAUCGGCAGACAGCGGAUGAAUGUGUAGAUGAAUUUGUACGAAAGUACAAAUGUGAGGAAAAGAAGAGGGAAGAACUGCGGGAAGUAGCGGGAAUCUUUCCGGCUUUGCGACCUAUUGCACUUGAUCCCAGAGUUCGUAACCAUUUGAACUUGUGGGCGGAUGACUUGUCAAAGAAAAACACCACUGCUUCAGCUGUUCGGGGCCCAACUGAUCCACCUAUUCCUGGCUACAUGGGAUUUGUCCCAUGUAUGGACACUACGGAGGCUGGACUCGCAAAACGCUUCCAUGAGGCUGCAAAAAGCGGUUUGGAAACAUUCCGCACCGAAAAUCAGGCACAUUGGGAUCGACUUGCAGAACCAACGACAACUGUGAAUACAGAGCCAGUUGUCAAAGAUACAUUUGUACGGCAACCGAAUGAACUAUUCAACUCAUCAAGAAUCUUCCGACAGGAGGGAAUGAUACCAGAAUACAAAGGACAUAUUCAUGGGUACAAGUUCCAUGUUGGGAAGAACUUCGGAAAUACCACACGAGAUCUGGAAGUAUGCGCCCAUCCCUUCCCAAGCUAUGGGGACUACGUAAAAGAACGAGACAUAGCGAGCAAGUAUUUGCGCACAUGAAAAGGGGACUAACUUUCUAAAUACCAAGGCUGUGUUGUGCCGUCAUGCUUUCCAUGUCAUUUGUCACCCGAGAAUAUUUUUCUGAAUCUUAUUUCUGCGCCAAGUAAAGCUCUAGCACUACUUAUAUGUGUCUAGUCUGAUUGCAACUGCUCCUCCCACCAUAUAAAUUUUUUUCAAAAAGUUCACAUCAGGACUUGCCUUCGAGAUAUACACUUUAUUUAUCCUGCUUAUUUUAUAACCAGAUGUGUGUUCUCAUUUUACUCUUCCAGUGAUCACAUGGUCACAAAUGACUUACUGUACAAGUCCAGUUGACAGUAAAAUGUUUUCG